CUAAUUUAWCUAUGGUCUAAUCCGUACUGCUGCUUCGUUUGUAGCAAGAACCGUUCAGCAGAUUGAUAAUCCCGAACCACAGGGAAUGUGAAAUUCUUUAUUMAAUAUUUAUAUAAUCAAACCAACAGAACACUAUGAAUCAGGAGAAGCUCGCCAAACUGCAAGCUCAGGUCCGGAUAGGAGGAAAGGGGACCGCCCGCAGGAAGAAAAAGGUUGUUCACAAAACGGCAACGGCCGAUGACAAAAAGCUGCAGGGCUCGCUGAAGAAACUGGCGGUGAACAACAUCGCCGGGAUCGAAGAGGUGAAUAUGAUAAAAGACGACGGGACGGUGAUUCACUUCAACAACCCCAAAGUUCAAGCGUCUCUGUCCGCCAACACCUUUGCCAUCACGGGCCACGCCGAGACCAAACAGCUGACCGAGAUGCUGCCGGGCAUCCUGAGCCAGCUGGGAGCCGACAGCCUCAGCAGCCUGCGCAAGCUGGCCGAGCAGUUCCCACGACAAGCAGCGAUGGACAUGAAAACUGUCAAAGAGGAAACUGCAGAAGAGGAGGAUGACGACGUACCAGAUCUCGUGGAGAACUUCGACGAAGCCUCAAAAAAUGAAGCAAACUGAUGAAAUCCCUUCAUCGGUCAAAACGUUCUCUUCUUUUCUUCAUAUUUUUAUGUUACGUGGACUCGCAAAGGUUAUUUCCUCUGGUGGAGAAACGAUUAUUAAAGGUGCGGUGCAUCACCUCCUGAGACGUUUAACCUGCUGCGGCGUCUCGACGACAUGCUCAAAAUGCUGCGAUAUUGUCAACAUCUUCUCAGCACCCAAAGGACUUUAAUURCUUUAGAAAUAAGCUUCUUAUAUAGCUAAACACAGCUGGUAUUUAAGAUAUUCUUUUUUUUUAAAUUGCAAUUAAAGUUAGUGAGUAAUGUAAUUAGUGUUAUAAUGGUAAAUAUGAAUUUAAUAAAAUGAUUUUGGGCAACUGA